AUAUUCUAGUUAUACCCAAUUUUUAGCAGACAACUUUGGCAGUCUAGAAGCCGAAAAUGGGUCAACAACAGUCUGGAGGAACUGGAGGAGGUCCUGGAGGUGGACGCGAUAAGAAGGAUGAUAAGGUAUUUCCGAUACUCUUUUAAAAAACAAAUUCCAGCUUUUUUAAUUUAGGAGAAAAAGAAGUACGAACCCCCAGUUCCAACAAGAGUUGGAAAAAAGAAGAAAAAGAUGCGCGGACCCGAUGCAGUUAAUAAACUCCCAUCAGUCACACCUUACACGCGGUGUCGUCUAAAAUUAUUGAAACUUGAACGGAUUAAAGAUUAUUUAUUAAUGGAAGAGGAAUUUAUUAGAAAUCAAGAGCGACUAAAGCCACAAGAAGAAAAAGAAGAGGAAGAACGUUCCAAAGUAGACGAUCUUCGUGGUACUCCUAUGAAUGUAGGAAACUUAGAAGAAAUUAUCGAUGAUAACCAUGCGAUAGUAUCCACCAGUGUUGGAAGUGAGCACUAUGUCAGUAUUCUGUCAUUUGUGGAUAAAGAUCAAUUGGAGCCUGGAUGUUCCGUAUUGUUGAAUCACAAAGUUCAUGCUGUUGUGGGUGUCCUGAGCGAUGACACUGACCCAAUGGUGACCGUUAUGAAAUUGGAAAAGGCCCCUCAAGAAACUUACGCCGAUAUUGGAGGUUUAGACAGUCAGAUUCAGGAAAUCAAAGAAUCUGUUGAACUGCCAUUAACCCAUCCAGAAUACUACGAAGAGAUGGGAAUCAAACCACCAAAGGGAGUUAUUUUAUACGGUGCACCCGGUACUGGAAAAACUCUGUUAGCAAAAGCUGUGGCUAAUCAGACGUCUGCCACAUUCUUAAGAGUCGUUGGUUCUGAACUCAUUCAAAAGUAUUUAGGCGAUGGACCUAAACUGGUUCGUGAAUUGUUUCGCGUUGCUGAAGAGCACUCGCCUUCCAUAGUUUUUAUUGACGAAAUUGAUGCAGUAGGAACAAAGCGAUACGAGUCUAAUUCAGGGGGAGAACGCGAAAUUCAACGUACAAUGUUAGAGUUGCUAAAUCAGUUGGACGGUUUUGAUUCUCGUGGUGAUGUCAAAGUAAUUAUGGCAACAAAUCGCAUAGAAACACUAGAUCCAGCCCUUAUAAGGCCUGGAAGAAUUGAUAGAAAAAUAGAAUUCCCGCUUCCUGAUGAGAAAACCAAAAGACGUAUUUUUAAUAUUCAUACUAACAAAAUGACUUUGGCGGAUGAUGUAGAUUUAGAUGAAUAUGUGCUAGCCAAAGAUGAUUUAUCUGGAGCAGACAUAAAGGCAAUAUGCACAGAGGCAGGUCUCCUAGCUCUGCGAGAGAGAAGAAUGAAGGUUACAUCGGAGGACUUUAAAAAGAGUAAGGAAAAUGUCCUAUAUAGAAAGAACGAGGGCACUCCGGAAGGUUUAUAUUUGUAA